UUUCAAUCGCAGCCAGAGCAGUCCCCUUCUCGCUCAACGCUUCGUUCUUUUCGCUCGUUCACCCGUGGCCCCGACCGACCUGACAGCUCGCUCUCACAACACUCCCGAGCGCCGUCCACGCUCGCGGGCUCCGUUCGCACUGCCUACCGGGAACCCAGCUGGCAACCCAACCCUAGUAGUCACUCCAAUCGAUCCCGGGUCUCCUUCAAUUCCAGGACCGGUGGGCCCAUGACAGGCCCAAUGGAGGUUGACCGCAGCCGCACGCGGCGAGAACGAACUUUUAUCGGCAGCGAGUGCGCCGUCUGCGAAGAACCGCUAGAGCACACUCUGCGGGGCGAGCGCGUGCUCCAAUUCUCCUGCAGCCAUGUAUCCCACGAAGCCUGCUUCUAUGAGUACAUUCGCGAAUUCGAAUCGCAAUUCUGCCCAACAUGCAGUGCACCCCUAGGCCUGGACACGAGUCGUGGUGGAAAUGUUCUAGAUAUCGAGAAAAUCAGCAGCAUUGUUCGCUCGGUGACCAUGAGCGAUGCCGCUACCACGCGCAGUGGCCUUACCACCCCAACCGCCUGGGAUCAGCAGAGCAACCGGCUAGCACCUAGCGAGGCUGCCAGUCGAUAUCCUCAAAGCUACAAUCGACGUGACAGUCGCGACACCAACAACCAGCGUGAGCGCGUGGAACGCUUGACAGCACCGAACUCGCAUCACCGCAACCCACAUUCGCGCAAUGGCAGCACCACCACCGGAUCUGGGGACUAUCCCGAAGCGCCACACACAGGCGGCGGUCGACGCCAUGACUACGACGUGCAAGCGAUGGAGUCCCAUUUGAGUCCUCGCCCGGGUACCUCAAAGAACCCGAUUCCCGCGCCGACGGUGACGAUCCGGAGCGAAUUCCCUACCAUGACGCGCUCUCGCCAACAGCAAUCGCUCACUUGCUUGGUGACGGUGGAGGUUCCUGCGGGCAAUUGGCGCCCGGACGCUGAAGACUUGCGCUCGGCUGGCCCGUCGCAGCUUGACGAGCCGUGGUCGGCGCGAUUUCCGCCUAGUGUGGACAUCCGCUCGCCACCAUUCGAGCCAGCAGAGAACAUGAAUGAGAUUGCGGAGGAACUGCGGAAUCGCGUGGACAACUGGCACGGCCUGGAGUUCGGACGGUUUGGCAAGCUUCGCCUCCACGGACAAAUGCGCGUCGGCAAAGACCGGGAGUCUUGGCAGGAGCUGGAGUGCUAUCUGUUCGCAGAGAUGCUCAUCUGUGUGAAGGAAAAGAAGGUCGUGGACCAGAGUCAGUAUGAAGACCAAGGCUCCUCCAAACGGAAGCCCACGCGAUGCACCCUCAAAGGCUCGAUUCUCAUCAAAAAGCACCUCAAAUCUAUCGACACCUCAUCUGAGGAGCCGAUUCUCUCCUUGAAUCUUUCCGUUACGGAACUGCCCUGCUUCUAUCUUCGAUUCAAGGACCGCACCCAACUUGAUCUAUGGCGCCGUGCCCUUAUGGACCUUAACCCCGUGGACAACUAUCCGCGCAAUAACGAAUACGAUUAUGAAAAUGGGGAGGAGGACGACUAUCGAAGUGGAAAUGGCCAAGUGCAGCGCCAGGCGUCCCUUAACUCGUCCUAUGGUGCCGCCAAAUCGACCGCUACUGGCAUCACUGACUACACCAAUCUUGGUGUGGAGGCCACGCCAAUCAAUUCCAUUCACAUUCCUCUUGAUCUGGUCGUGGUUAUUCCCGUGUCAUCAUCCAUGCAAGGGCUCAAGAUUACUUUACUCCGCGAUUCUCUCCGGUUCCUGGUACAGAGUUUGGGCCCCCGGGACCGCAUGGGCCUUGUGACCUUUGGCUCCAGCGGCGGAGGCGUGCCUCUGGUCGGCAUGACCACAAAAUCAUGGAACGGAUGGAACAAGAUUCUGAACUCGAUCCGGCCGGUGGGACAGAAGAGCCUCCGCGCCGAUGUGGUCGAGGGUGCCAACGUGGCCAUGGAUCUUUUGAUGCAGCGGAAGUUUAACAACCCCGUCUCGACCAUCCUCUUGAUCAGCGACUCGUCCACCUCGGACCCAGAGAGUGUGGACUUUGUGGUGUCGCGCGCCGAAGCUGCCAAGGUUAGCAUCCACUCGUUCGGUCUGGGUCUUACCCACAAGCCCGAUACGAUGAUCGAGCUCUCCACUCGCACCAAGGGUUCCUACGUCUAUGUCAAGGACUGGAUGAUGCUUCGCGAAUGUGUCGCUGGAUGCUUGGGUGCUAUGCAAACAACCUCCCACCAAAACGUCAAGCUGAAGCUGCGCUUACCAGAGGGCUCACCCGCCAAGUUUGUCAAGAUCAGUGGAGCUCUCCACACUACCAAGCGCGCCACCGGAAAGGACGCCGAAGCCGCUCUGGGAGAUCUCAGAUUCGGUGACAAGCGUGAUGUUCUGGUUCAGCUGGUCAUUCAACCCGACAAUGCCACGCAGGAUAACAUGCCCCAAGAUCCGUGGGAGAGCCUGGUGUCUGGACUGGAAGCCCUCGGUGGCGGUCCCGAUGGAGACGAACAGCGCGUUCUGAGCGUUGAGGAAGUGCCCUUGAUCCAAGCCGACCUAACUUAUGGAGAUCUUCUGCGCGAAGGCCACCUCACCCAUUCCCCCCGGCCAUCCCUCCUAGCCAUCACCAUGCUCCCCGCCAACCCGAAGGCCAAGAGUCAGCGCCCGCCCACUCCUCCAAUCCCUCCUCACCCUUCGAUCGUGCAGCGCCGCAUGGAGAUGCUCACUUCCGAUAUGCUGACCCGCUCUCUGACCCUCGUCUCGCGAGGGCAGCACGACCGUGCUCAGCACCUCCUCAAUGAAACCCGGAGCAUCCUCAAGGGCCUGGGCAAGGGCGGCCUCCCACCUCUACCACCAGGCGCCUCGCGGCCUUCAGGCAACAGUGACCCCGGCACGGGCGUCGACAACUCCUCCGCCUCGUCACCCAAGUCCUCCACCUUCGCCGAGAGCCAGUCAAUGUCAUCCGACGCAAACACCAUCACCCCAGCAUCCUCCGUGGACGCCGAGACCAUGACCGCGCUGAACGCAGACCUGGACUCAGCCCUCGAGUGGAUCAACCACCCGGCCGUGUUCAGCCGGGACUCUCGCAAAGCCGUCCUGCAGAGCAUCGGCGUCAUCUCCUCGCAGCGCGCUUUUACCUACCGCACCCCGUCAGAGGCGCAUUGGGCCCAGCGCGUCGCUGGCGUGCGCAGAUUGACUGAUCGCUCCAAGGAGUGGCGUGAAACUGGAGAUGAUGCGUUGACCGAGGAGUAA